AGGACGCCAUGGCGAAGCGGCACCUCGCAGGGAUGCGUCCGAGCUCUAGCAACAUGGUCAAAUUCAAUUCUGACGGUGACGAUGCACCGGGCCAAGCCGCAAGACCUACGACCUCAUCCCCGCGGCGCACCACCAACAACGCUUGGCACGAUGUCAUGGAGAUGUGUCGAAAGGUCUUCACCUCCAAGAUGAACAGUGUUGGGACUGAAAUCCUGCAAGAUGUGAGGCAAGAGAUGCAGCACGGGAUGAACGCUCUGAAACAAGAGAUCUUCAAGAUGUUGGAGGAGCGCGAGCAAUCCAGUGGAACACGAAUGCAGUCUCUGAUGGGCAACAUCGACAAGCUGCGGCAGAGCACGGAGGAAGGUGUGAUGAACAUUCAACUUGAUCUAAGUCCUGCGAUCAAGGAAAUGCAAAGGCUUGAUCGUCAGCAGUCAGAGGCGCGCAUGAAGCUGGAAGAACAGCUUGAGAAGAUGUCCCAGCAGCUCUCGCAGGUACAUAUUCGCGCAGACCUCGAGGAGGAGAAGCUGCAAAAGAUGGAAACAAAGCAGGAUCACGCAGUCCAGAAAGGCCAGGACAUGCUGCUGGUGUCUCUGGAAAGCGUUUCCGACGAGGUGCAGCUGACCGGCGCAGUUUGCGGCGCCUGGCGUUUCCCGGUCAGGUCAUGA